AUGAUAGAUGCUUUAUCUGAUCAGUAUAGUAGCAGCGCUAGCUUGAUAGGCUACAGAGAACCAUACACUUCCGAAGUAUACUAUUCGAAGAAACAAGGAGAAAAACAGAAAAAAGGAGAGACAAUGUUAGUACUUUAUCCUAAGUACAGGCAUUUGGGAUUCCAGAUCAAACUUGCUAACAUCAGCCGGAUAUAUAGUAAUAAUGUGACAAGGACCUAUAUGGGCUUACAAGGAGCUAUUGCCAUUGGUGGGAAGAUACCAGUGAUGAGAACAGGUAUUAGAAAUACAUAUAGCAGUAGCAGCAAGUGUAGCAUGUUUGGCAAAGUUAGUGCGAUUGAAGCUGUCAAUUUUUUUUAUAGACGAGUAGGGAGUGAGCAGCAAGGAACAAGAUGCCUGAAAUACUUGGACCACGUUUGUACUCAAAUAUCUUAUUUGGGGGAAGAUUGUGAGAAGAGGGACAAGAUCCAGAAACAAUUUCAUCAUUUGAAAGAAAGGUGCGCCGUUUCUCCGUUUAUGGAGAAGACAAAAGUGGAGUACUUGUUUGUGGGUAAAUUAUUGCGCCAGAAAAAUGGUUCUAGGUGCACUACAGAUACUGCAUCAAACACAAUUACCCAAAAAAAUUAA